CGUUUACCCGCGGAGUCUUUUACAGUAACUCCACAACUUCUCUAGCAAAGAUGGCGGCUUCCAUAAUUGAGACAUGCCAUGUAGCAUGCAGCGCAAAUAGGACUCCAAAUGUUGUUUCUUGGGGUCGGGGAGGGACAGUGGCUUUCGGGACAUGCAAUUCAGUGGCCUUGUACGACCCCCAGGAAAGAAGAGUUGUCGCUUUGCUGAAUGGACACAAAGGGAGAGUUAAUGCAGUCAAGUGGGUUCACAAGAAAGACAAUGCAUCAGAGCGUCAUGUCGUCUCAGGAGGUUCAGACAAUCGGAUCAUCCUCUGGGAAGCUCAACAUGGGAAGUUCGUCCAGUCAGUGGAGUGUAAGGGCCACACUGGUCCUGUCAAUGCUGUGGAUGCCGUCUACCUGGAGGACUCUAAGAUCCUCAUUGCCUCUUCUUCGUCUGACUCCACAGUGAGAUUAUGGCUCUGCAGUGACAACAAAGAAGUUGAGUGCCUCCAUAAUGUAUCAUUUGGGAGCAGUUUCAUGAUGGAUGUCUCUCUAGCCCUGUUGCCAGGCACUGGAGUUCCCAUACUGGCCUGCGGAGGCGAUGACUCCAGGGUGCAUCUGUAUGUGCAGGAGAGCGGUCAGCUGCAGAAAGCCAUGUCGCUGCAAGGGCACGAAGACUGGGUCCGUGGAGCGAAAUGGGCCUGUACCGGGGACGAGCUGUUGUUAGCCAGCUGUUCACAGGACUCUCUCAUCAGAGUGUGGAGGCUCUGUGCCAAAUCUGGCAUAGACACACACACAGAAGAUGAUCACACCGUCAUCAAAAUGAAAGAGGACGUUUUUGAAGUGAAGGACAGAGGAAUGGUCUCGAGGUUUGCAGUGUCCCUGGAAACUGUCUUGGCAGGACAUGAGAACUGGGUUUAUGGAGUCAGCUGGCAGCCCCCUGUCUAUGACGGUGGUGAGCUGCAACAGCCUCUUAUUCUACUCUCAGCCUCCAUGGACAAAACCAUGAUCAUCUGGGCUCCUGAGGAAGGAUCUGGUGUCUGGGUAGAGCAGGUGCGCGUCGGGGAGGUAGGUGGAAACACUCUGGGCUUCUACGGCUGCCAGAUGAGUCCAGACGGCUCGAUGAUUCUGGCUCAUGCUUUCCACGGAGCUCUACACCUUUGGUGCAAGGAUCAGGAUAAAGAGGGAGGGUGGAGACCGGGGGUUGUGAUAUCAGGUCACUUUAAUGCUGUCCAAGACCUGAGCUGGGAUCCCGAGGGGGAGUUCGUCCUCAGCGUGGGCUCAGACCAGACCACCAGACUGUUCACUCCAUGGAGGAAGCAGGACAGCAAACGGGCAACCUGGCAUGAAAUCUCUCGGCCUCAGAUCCACGGUUACGACAUGCAGUGUCUGGCCAUGGUUGGGCGGUUUCAGUUCGUGUCCGGAGCUGACGAGAAAGUCCUCAGAGUAUUUCAAGCGCCUCGAAAUUUUGUGGAGAACUUUGCUAGCAUCUCUGGGAUUUCGAAAGAAAAGCUGCUUCAGUCCAGCGGCUCAGCCAGCCUUCCAGAAGGAGCUAGCACACCUGCCUUGGGUCUUUCCAACAAGGCCGUAUUUCAAGGCGACCUUGUCCCGAAGACCGCCGAAGAAGAGGAACGGUUCAGCAGUAUAUCUGACCAAUACCAGGAGUCGUAUUUCCACCCGCUCAGCCUGACUGAGCCGCCCCCAGAGGAUCAUCUCCUCCAGAAUACACUGUGGCCCGAAGUCCAGAAACUGUACGGUCAUGGAUUUGAGAUGUUCUGCCUCGCCUCUGACAGCGCCAAGACGUUGGUUGCAUCAGCAUGCAAGGCAUCUAAAGCUGAACAUGCAGCUGUGCUGCUGUGGAGCACAGCCACGUGGCGGCAGCUGCAGACGUUGCCGUAUCACACCCUCACAGUCACCCAGAUGGCCUUUUCGCCUGACGCAAAGUUCCUGUUGGCUGUUUCCAGAGAUCGCACCUGGUCGUUAUGGAGACGGAAGCUGCCAACACCAGAAAAUCCAGAGCCCCCGUUCUCGUUGUGCGCGCACACAGCCAAGGACACAGCCACGCACAGCAGGAUCAUCUGGUCGUGCGACUGGAGCCCCGACAGCAAAUACUUUGUGACAUCCAGUCGGGACAAGAAGGUGAUCGUGUGGGGGCCGUGCGUGCCGGAGGGCUCUGAGGAGCCGGCGUUUCCUUCGGAGAUCAAGCCGUGUUCCUCCAUCUUAGACGUCGGGGAUUCUGCUACGGCCGUAGCCUUUUGUCCGUCCCUCUGCUCUGACCGCAGCUACUUACUCGCAGUUGGUCUGGAGUGCGGACAGAUCCUGCUCUACAGGUGGAGACCCGGUCAAGAGGGGGUUUCAGGGAGUGACUGGAUUAGCGGUGGUGGGACGGACACCUUACAAAGCCACACGCUGGCGGUGAAGCGGCUACGCUGGAGGCCGCGCGCCGGUCGGGCCGGUCUGGAGAACGGCGAGAUGGAUGGGCCGAGUGACACGGAGAGAAAACUCGAAGAGAAGAGCUCCUGGGUCCAGCUUGCCAGUGCCGGCGCCGACCACUCUGUCAAAAUCUUCAACGUCAACAAACGGACUCUUUAGCACCGCCACCACUGACACUAUUAUGUCUGUUGCAAGUAGAGAGAGAUGGAGAGAGAGAGAGGCUUGGACUGAGGGCCAGAGGCCUGUGUGGGCCACAGAGACCACAGCUGCUCUCUCCCAAACCAUUCAGUCCCUGUGACAGCGAGUUAGGCCACGGGUCAGUCAAAGGACAGAACCUGCUGCACAAAAGCCCCGAAGUCUGUCUGCACAGAGCCAAACGGGUUUGAUGGGUGGAAGAGGGAGGGUAAAAACACCAGAGGCAUUUGGUUUGGAUACUUUACAGAGGAGAAACCUUUGCUCUCUAUCUCAUUGCUUGCCUAUGGAAAUAUUUGUGUUGGACUGAAUUCUUUAAGACGACAACUUUGUAAAAAAAAAAAAAAAAAAAAA